AUGGAAAACACAACUGAAAAACUGGACCUUACCAUGGAAAAUAUGGAAAACACAAUUGAAAAACUACUGUCCUACUGCGAAAAGCUCAUGAAAGAAACAAAAGAAACUACAUCUUUCCAUGUGGACAGAAAACAUUCUUCUGAUAAAAUGGAGCACAUUCUGCAAGGUUUGGAACAUUCUGACCUCCUAAAUGAGAAAACAAGCACUGAUUCAAAAUGGGACUCAGAAACAAAAUGGGAGCAUAAAAGCCUAGAGUCUUCUAGUACCUCGGCAUAUUCUUUGAAAACCAAUAAUGACAGUGACUAUGACUACAGCACUUCAGCAAUGACUCCAAGAACAGAUUCUGGGGAAAAAGGGAAUCCAUCUGAUGAUACAAAGCAAACUCUGUACCAUUUUUUGUACAACCUUUUGGAUUUUUUUGAUUUCCCACAUGCGGAAAAUAACAUUGCUUCUAAACAGAACCCUGAAAUUAAACAGGAACAUGAAAGUCCAGAGCCUUGUGUGACCUUGCUACAUACUCUGGAGAGAAUUAUAAACAGUACUUUGGCUAAUAAAUGUUCACCAGUAUCUGCACAACCAUCUCCCAGCUUGAAAAAAAAACAUUUCUUGGAUGAAAUACAGCAGAUUCAGGUUAUGGAUGCUUCUGGCCUCCAAAUGGACAUUGUUUAUGAGCAGAACCCAGAAACUGAAUGUAAAUGUGAAAGCCCAGAGCCCUGUAUGAGCUCAGCGCUUUCUCCAAGAAGUGAUACACAAAGUAUUUCCCAGGAUAUCCAGCUCAAACAUGAAGACUUAAGAUUUGUGAAAAACCUAGCAAAAGGGAAAUUUCAACAGAUAUUUCUUGCAGAAUUCAAAGGGACAAGUCAGAGGUUUGCAAUCAAGGCAUCAGAGAAGCAUAAGAAGGAUCAAAGUAAAUUAGACAAGCUUGUUCUUGAAAAACAGAUCUGGGAAGAUACAAGCAGUGUAAAACAUCCCUUUUUGAUAAACCUCUUUACCUGCUUCGAAACACAAGAUCACAUAUACUUUGUAAUGGAGUAUGCUGCCAACGGCAAUCUAUGGCAACAGUUACAAAGUGGCCCAUUCUCAGAACAUAAGGCCAUGUAA